UGCUCUUCUUCCCGCUGCAGCCCGAAAUUCCCCCCCCUCCAAGCCGCCGGCACCAACUUUGAAAAAAUUGGUGAGAAAGCUUGGAAUUUCUCCUCCUUUCUUGUCCAAGAACCUGAUUUGGAACCCAGAAAUCUUUCCCCCUUGCUGGAAAAGCCGGAUCUGCCUUGCUCUGCUUCUUCACCGCCGGCUGCUCUUGCCUUGUGGGGGCGAAUUGGCUUGGUUUUUUUGGUAAGAAAUAGCCAUGAAUCUCCCUUCUCUUGUUUGAAUUGCCCUGGGUUUAUGUUAAUUGCUCUUAUUUCCUCCAAUUUUUACAAGACCCGUGAGUUUUCCCUGCAGCUUGCCGCCGGCCUUCUUCCCCCUGCCAUGUCCGGUUUCUGCAGCUGUAAAUUAUGGUAUUGUUAAUUGAUUGCUAUGUGAUUUUUGGAGAAAAUCCCGUGAGAUUAGCUAGUGUUUUGGCCAAUUUGUGGAAGUGGAGUUACUGUUCACGUCGGGGUCACUGUUCACCGGUUACUGUUCACAGGUUACUGUUCACACCCCGAGGGCCAACAUUUAACGGGAAUUUAAAUGAUUAGUUUGUGAUAUGAGAACGAAUUUGGAGAUGUCCGAUCAUGUGAAAAGUGAUAGAAAUAGCAUUGUGAUUAGGAAUGAUCCUAAUGAUGAUUUCACUUGAAUUUGUGAUAGUCCGGUAUUAAUUCUGAGGUGUUUUGAUUAGGUUCCCGAUUAUUCUGUCAGUUAGUGCGUGAAUUGAGUGCUCGGUUUUAUGCGAGUGAGGUAAGUAAAUUAUGGUAACGCCCUUUGAUUUUAAAAGCAUGUUUUGAUUUGUUUUUGAAGUGGUGGCGGGACUAAAUCCGUUUUACACGAACAUGACUGAUUUGAAGUGAAAUGUUUUAUGCUUUUCACUAAAUUGAGCAUGCCUACUUGAAAUUUAAGUGAUUGUCCUGAUGAUUUGAAAGUGAUUGUGAAUUGUGAUUUUCCUGUUAACUUCUGCCUGUUUUGUCUCCGAUGUGGUCAUGUUAUUCGUGUGCCCGCUAGUGGGAGGUUUAUAAACGCUAGCACAUGUCGACAUGUUACUGAUAGAACCGGUUCGUUUCUGUAACCCUACUAGUGGGGGUUAAAUACUAGUAAUUUCUGUAGCCCGCCAGUGGGAGGUUUAUAACACUGGCCGUGACCUAUAGAGGAGACGUCUAUUUCGUGCCCGUACUGUAUCUGUUUUCGUGAUUGUACUUGUUGGCAUGCUUUAAGUUUGAUAAGGGGCACUCCAUAUUUACUUACUGAGUUUAUCUCAUAGUUUUCCUUGUCCACCAUUUCAGGAAGCGAAACCGAGGACGGGGAAACCAUGGGAAGUGACGAGUUAGAAGGCUAGCCAUUUUGUAAAUUGAUAUAGAUUUUAGAAAUAAAUCAUGAUCUUGUAUUUGGAGAUUGUAAUUGGAGAUUUAUGAUAUUAGAGCAAAUUAUAAGAUUUGAUCUUCAGAUUUUGAUGGUAUCAGAUGUGAUAUGAUAAGUUCCGAGCCUUGUGCAUUUGUGGGACCCGUCUCACGAGUGCACGGCGUCUGUCGCGCCUCGAAUU